AUGUCGAAAGAGGAAACGGGAGUUCAAGGGGGGGAAAUCUGGGUCCGACUGUUGUGCUGGGCGUUUUAUGAUAAAGCGUGUGAAGCGUACCGUCCGUCAGCCAGCAGUCAGUCAUCCAGUUCAACAUCACAUCAGUCUCCACUGAACUCCAGCUGUCACUUCGUGUCCUCCGCGUCUCCUCGAAUUGUCCAGGACAGCUUCAUUACCCCAUCCACCCAUCCAAUUAGAAGCCAGAUGGCGCUUCUGGCCAAUCAAAUAAUGGAUGCAAGGAUUCUCAGCAGUAUGAAUGGGAGAGUGGAGCUUUCCCAGUUUCUCAGAGUUACUAAUCAGAGCAUCGUCUCCCAGGUAAAUUCUGCCCAGGAUGACAACCGCAAGAACAGGAAGUAUCCUUGCCCACUGUGUGGAAAGCGUUUCCGCUUUAACAGCAUCCUUUCCCUUCAUAUGCGCACACACACUGGCGAGAAGCCUUUCAAGUGCCCAUACUGCGACCACAGGGCUGCACAGAAGGGCAACCUGAAGAUACACCUCCGUACUCACAAGCAAGGCAUUCUGGGCAAAGGCCGUGGGAGGAUUAGAGAGGAAAACAGGUUGCUUCAUGAGCUUGAAGAAAGGGCAAUACUGAGAGACAGGCAGAUGCGAGCCGGUCACGUUAGCCAACAGCAAACAUCUAAUUUACCCCAACUUCAAAAUCCCCAGCUGUCACAGACCGUCCAGACACAAAACCAGUUCUUAGCUAACUCUGGUGCAGCAGAGAGCCAGCCACAUGCAUCCACAUCCCCUAAGGGGACUACCAUCCCUGAUGAGCCCAUCCAGCCCCAACCCAAUGGCUUCCGCUGCUCUUUCUGUAAAGGAAAGUUCAGGAAGCAGCAGGAGCUUGAGCGGCACAUCAGGAUCCUACACAAACCCUACAAAUGCACCUUGUGCGACUUUGCUGCCUCACAUGAGGAGGAGCUCAUUGGCCACGUUGAGACGACACAUAUCACCGCGGAUUCAGGCUCAGGACAGAAGCCUGCUGUAGGGCCUGGUGACAAGGGGAAGCCCACUGGUGAAUUCCCCUGUGAGGUGUGUGGCCAGACCUUUAGUCAGGCCUGGUUUCUGAAGGGUCACAUGAGGAAACACAAGGACUCCUUUGAGCACUGCUGUCAAAUCUGUGGUCGUCGUUUCAAAGAGCCCUGGUUUCUCAAGAACCACAUGAAGGUCCACCUCAAUAAGCUUGCUGCUAAGAGUAAUCUCCCUUUGGAGCAUGACUCCUCUGUUAACCUGAGUAACCUAACGCAAGACCAUCAGAGCAACCUCUACUCACAGUACAUCUCCCGCAUUCACAACAGGUUACUCACGGCUGAGAGAGCUGACCAUCCAGAUUAUAACCAGAUACUCAGCACAGCAGGUGUUGACAUGAAGGUUAGGGAGAUGUUAGGGAGGAUGAUUUCCGUUGGUCCAGGCCCUUUGACAGAUGUAGAGGGCUCCUCAUUGUUGGGUUUAAAUCAUCUCCACCCACCCCUGAGCUCCACUAGCAUGGAAUAUCUGCAGAAAGUCAUGUCUAAUAGAGAUACACUCAACAGCAGCAGCAGCUACCCAGGCUGGCAGAUCAUGACACCAGGGCUGCCUAUUGAACAGCAAAUGUUCGGUCCUAAAGAUCAGCAGCAGUGUUCCUCCUACCUGCCUGAGAGAUGUCUCCCUGUAGACGAUGGGAAAGUGUGCCUCAGUGACCCAGACACCAAGGCCAUCAGCAGACCUGGUAGCCCCACCAGCGUGAGUCAUCAUGGGCCAACGGAGAUCAUCACAGAGACAGGGAACUCCCACUCCACCAGUGCCCUGGACCAUCGACCACAGUCUUCUUCUCCAGCUACAGGUGAGAAAGUCUACAGGUGUCCACUCUCCAGUGACUACACCACUGCACAGACAGCCUCCCUCGGCUUCCAUCUGGAACGCUACCACUUCCCCCACUGGCAGAGCAGCAGGGAGCUUUCUUCUCCACUGCAGCCCACCAGCAGCAGCAGCUCCAGCCCCAACCCCAAGCUCAGACCCAGAUCCAGGGAAGACUGGAGCCCAGCUGCAGGUCACUAUCUUGGUCUGGAGAACCACAGUGAAAACCCCUUGCUCAUCAACAAGCAGUCUGACCUCACUGACAAAGAUGGGGGUGUAGAUGGCUCUUUACCUGCUCAAACCAGGAAAUCCCAGUAUGAGCCCUUAGAUUUGUCUGUCAGGCCAGAGUCUGUCAUGUCUCAUUCAGCCAUGUCUCCUGCUGUACUAGUACAGAUGUCUGGCGUUUUUAGUAAUGGACUCUCCUCCUCCAUUACCCGUCGGCUACAAAGUUACUCUAAUGCCGCAGCUGAACUCAGUGUGAAACCUGCAUAUCAGUGUGACCUUUUGGUGCAGGGAACAAAAGAAGAGAUGAACGCUCAGAAAGGAGGCUCCACUUGUCACGAUGGUGAAGGUGAAUUUGAGAAAUCUGAGCAAGGGAGGGAGGACAAAAAUGACGAUGCUGCCAAGUGGCAGAUGAUGAAAAAUAAUGUCCUGGAGCCAGAGGAGCUGGGACAGGCCAGUGCUGAUUUCCAGGGUCUUGGUGAGAAGAAGCAAGACAAGCCAGGCCAGUGGGGCAGAGCUGUGGCCGAAUCUCCCAUCUCCUCUCUGGAGAACCUGACUCCAGGACAGGCUGAACCACUCCAGCACCAGGGCAGCCUGCUCUCCUUCCUUAGAUCCCAGGGGAGCCUGAACAGUGCACCUGCCAGCGCACACAAAGCAAGUCUGAAUGGUGGGGGGAAUAUGGAGAAGGAUGUUGCAUCAGCUCAGAAGCCAUUCCAGUGCAGAUACUGUCCCUACAGCGCCUCCCAGAAGGGAAACCUGAAGACCCACGUCCUCUGUGUCCACCGCAAGCCCUUUGACAACAGCCUCUACCCUGACCGACGCCUCAGACGCUCGCACGCGCCCCAGAGGCACUCCAGAUUGCCUCCGAGCAUCGCGGGAGACAACCACGCGCCAGGGAGAGACCAGAUUGGCAUGACAUCACUCUGUGGCACUUGAUGUUGUCAUGGCAACAGCAGAUACAGACAGUUAUGAUUAUUGUUUUAGCUUCACCUUGAAGGGGUUAGGAUGAUUGAGAUUGUUAAAAAAAAAAAAAAGAAGUUAACCAACCUUGAUGUACAUUCCA